UGUCAAAAAUCGGAGAACGAGUAUCCUGACGCGUGGAUAAUUUCGGGAUACUUGGUCUCUUUUUUUUUUACGUUCGGAAAAAAAUUGUCGUUUCGCGUAAGAUAAAACGGAAGAAUGUUGACGGCAGCCGCGAGUAUGUCCAAUAAUGGUGGCUCUUACAGUGUCGAGAGGCCGUCCACUCCAGAUGCGGAUCUCUUUGAUACGAUGGAAAUUCCUUCCUUCAUGAGUGGAUUAUUUCAUCCCGAAUACAAGAAGCAUGAUGAUCUUAAGGAGAUGUUGGACAGUAACAAGGAUGGACUCAAGUUAGAAGCCAUGAAACGUAUAAUUGGGAUGGUGGCCAAAGGAAAAGACGCAUCAGAAAUGUUUCCAGCUGUUGUAAAAAAUGUAGUAUCUAAGAAUAUUGAGGUAAAAAAGCUGGUAUACGUUUAUCUAGUUCGUUAUGCAGAGGAUCAACAAGAUUUGGCACUUCUGUCUAUAUCAACAUUUCAAAGGGCUCUGAAGGAUCCCAAUCAGCUCAUAAGAGCAAGCGCUCUGAGGGUGUUAUCCAGUAUACGAGUUUCGAUGAUAGUGCCCAUUGUGAUGUUGGCCAUUAAAGACUCGGCUAGUGAUAUGUCGCCCUAUGUGCGAAAAACUGCUGCUCACGCUAUUCCUAAAUUAUACUCGUUGGACCAUGAACAAAAAGAAGAAUUGAUAGGCGUACUUGAAAAAUUGCUGUCUGAUAAAACUACUCUUGUGGUAGGUUCAGCAGUAAUGGCUUUCGAAGAAGUAUGUCCGGAAAGGAUAGAUCUUAUCCAUAAGAAUUAUAGAAAAUUGUGUAAUUUAUUAGUGGAUGUUGACGAAUGGGGUCAAGUGGUUAUUGUUAACAUGCUCACUAGAUAUGCCAGAACACAAUUUGUUAAUCCAAAUACAGAUAAUUUAGAAGAAGAUGAAAAUCGGCCAUUUUAUGAUUCCGAUUCUGAUUCUUCCAAUACAAAGAAACCAAAGUUUACGUUAGAUCCCGAUCAUCGUUUGCUGUUAAGAAACACGAAACCUUUGUUACAAAGUCGAAAUGCAUCUGUGGUAAUGGCGGUUGCUCAAUUAUAUCAUCAUGCAGCUCCUAGAAGCGAAGUUAUGACCGCUGCAAAGGCACUAAUUAGAUUACUGAGAGGCCAUAGAGAAGUACAGAGUAUUGUGCUUCAUUGUAUUGCCAGUAUAUCAAUUACGAGAAAGGGAAUGUUUGAGCCUUUCUUGAAGUCAUUCUUUGUACGGACUUCUGAUCCUACUCACAUAAAACUUCUAAAACUCGACAUACUGACGAAUUUAGUAACUGAAACCAGCAUCAGCGUAAUACUGAGAGAAUUUCAAACAUACAUCUCCAGCAGUGACAAGGAAUUUGUUGGUGCUAGCAUUCAAGCAAUCGGUAGAUGUGCAAGUAACAUUAAAGAAGUGACUGAUAUGUGUCUCAAUGGAUUGGUAUCAUUGUUGAGCAAUAGAGAUGAGGCUAUUGUGGCAGAAAGUGUCGUGGUAAUAAAAAAGCUCCUGCAAACGCAGCCAAAUGAACACAAAGAUAUUAUCGCUCAUAUGGCUAAAUUAAUGGAUUUUAUUACGGUGCCCCAAGCCAGAGCAUCUAUUUUGUGGCUCCUAGGCGAAUACUCUGACAGAGUCCCUAAGAUAGCACCAGAUGUGCUCCGAAAAAUGGCGAAAAGUUUUGUGAACGAGCAGGAUAUAGUAAAGCUGCAAACUUUAAAUUUGGCCGUGAAAUUAUGCUUGAACAAUCCUUCGCAAACAAAGCCGUUUUGUCAAUAUGUCUUCCAACUUGCUAAAUAUGAUCAGAAUUACGAUAUCCGAGACCGCGCGCGUUUUCUACGGCAUUUCAUCUUCGAGGAAGAAAGUGAUGUGAAGAAGCUUCCUCAAUUCGCGAAGAAAGUUUUCCUUGCACCGAAACCGGCACCAACUUUAACGUCUAGGUUUAAAGACUCGGAAUAUCAAUUAGGCACUCUGUCUCACUACCUGGAUAUGCCAUGCGUAGGAUACCGGCCUUUACCACCUUUCCCAGAAGUUACGCAAGAUCCAUCUGUACGAGAUGUCGCGCCGCCUACUGCACAAGAGCUUAAAGAAGAACGCCAUAAUAGGAAAGAAAAGGAAAAGAAAAAGAACAAGGAAAAGGAGAAACCAUUUUACAGUGAUGAGGAAAGCACUCCUGCUGAAGAAUCGGACAACCAGUCAUCUAAUUCGUCGUCCAGCGAAUCUUCAGACGAAGAUAGUGAUUCUUCAGAAUAUACAAGUGAAUCAGAUAAAUCCGAAACGGACAGUGGAAAGAAAAAUGAAACAAAAUCUGACGAUUCUGAGAGCGAGUCGUCGAGCGAUGAAGAAUCAGAUUCUGAAGAUUUAGAGGAAGAAAGCGAAACUCAAGAAAACGAGAAAGAGAAACCGAAAGCUAUUAAACAAGAAAUGAAAGAAAAGCCGAAAAGCAAUUUUGAUCUGCUAUUAGAUUUGGAUGAUGUUGUUCCAAUGACUCCUGUAAUGACGCCUAGCUUGGGUGGUUUUCUUACUCCAAUUAAUUCAACAAUCACAGAUGGUGUUCGAGAAGUAUCGACAUCGUACGUUCCCUUAAAAAAGACUACUUUAUUAAACAGCAUUAUAGGGCACGGUUUAAAAAUUGAAUAUAGAUUUACAAGAUCGCAACAUUUAGUUAGCUCAAGUUUGGUUAGUAUCGAAUUAACGUUCUUUAAUGAAAGCAACGAUGUCAUUAAGGAAAUUCAAAUAGGAAACAAAAAUUUACAAAAGGGUAUGUUUAUUCAUGAUUUUACGCAAAUAUCGUCGCUUGAUGCAAACGCUACGUUAGCUUCGACACUAGGCGUAAAUUUUAAUGAUUCCACUCAACCGGCCAAUUUCAACAUUGACUUCACGAUUAACGAUGAGAAAUAUUCAUGUCCGGUCAGUAUUAAACCACCGAUCGGAGAAAUAAUAAGAUCUGUGACUUUGCCUGAAAGCAUGUUCAAUGCGGAAAAGGCCAAAUUGAAAGGUAUGAACGAGCACAUAGCGAAAAUACCAUAUUCUAGAAAUAAAAAUGCUCUUCCUCAAAAAGUGUUUGAGACUGCAAAUGUCGCAAGAGUAUCUAACGAGGAUGAAGUUAUUCGGUUUGCCGCUCAUACUUUAGCGUCUAAAUCGUUGGUAUUGGUGACAAUAAAAUUCAUUGACGCCGGACAAUUGGAAGUUUGCGUGAAUUGUGAAAAAAUGGUUAUAGGAUCAAUUUUGUUAAACGAAUUUAAGAGUAAUUUAAAAUAA